GAACAAAGUGAGUAAUUUUUAAUAUUAUUGUAAUUGACGGUGUCUUUAUAAAAAUAAAUAAAUCAAUAAAUUUGCAUAACAUAUAGAAGUUUGGUCGCGUGCUGUAUUGGUGUUUUCUAACUAAAUAUAAUGGAGAAGACAAACUAAAUAAAAUUAUAGGCCAGAUGGUGAAAAAGUCUUAAACUAAACUUUGAAGAAAUUUUAGCCAUCAUUUUGAGACACAACGCCAAACCAGCUGAAUCACAAAACUAAUAUCAUGCAGAAAAGAAAAAAAAAAAUAAAUAAAUAAAAUAAAAUUGAAGCUGUACGUCUCGUUUAGGAAAAGACAACAAUGCCCCUAGCGUGAACAUAUGCUGAAUGAGGUGUUAGAUUCUAUGGAUUCAUAAGAAAUGUCUUUACUUUCUUAAUUUUGUCAACUUCAUUUUGUUUUGGGUUUUGUUUGAUCCUAAAUCAAAGGGCUCUCUCUCUCUUCUCUUUCUGUAAGGAUGCAUGUGUUAGCUAUAGAAAAAAAUCAGAAAAUUAAUUAAUGUAUGAUUGAGAGAGAAAUAAUUAGGAAGGAAGAUUAGGAAAAGAAGAAGAAGAAGAAGAAGAAGAUGGAUUUGCUGGGGAACGGAACGUUUAGUGGGUUGUGGCCUGGUGCGUCGCCUGAUAAAGGAUGCAAGACAGUGAUAACAAUGAAUGUAGCAAAUAUAGCCUUUUACAUGUUGGGUUUCUUCUUCAUGGUCUUCUUAUGCAAUGGUUUACACGCCCUCCUCAGGCCUUUGUCCCAGCCUCGCAUCAUCUCUGAAUCCACCGUAGGAUUAUUUCUUGGAAACAUACCAUUCAUACGAUAUGCAAUCAACAGCAAAGAAGGGAACAGAACACUGAAUAAUGUAGCUGAUGUGGGUAUGAUUUGCAACAUGUUUGUGUUAGGCCUAGACAUAGAUCCUAACAUACUCCUUCAACCCCCAUCCCGCGAGACUAAAGUGGCCUGUGCAGGCAUGCUCUCCACAUUUGUCCUAGCCCUCUUAAUAACUCCAUGGCUCUACUUCCCUAAAGUUUCAAAUCUUCUAUUCAACGUUUCCCUCUCUGUCGUUGUCUCCGGCACCGCCUCUCCCCUCCUCACCCGUCUCAUAACCGACAAAAAGAUCGGUAAAUCAGACAUAGGACGGUUUGUGGUGUCCGCGGGGACGCUGUCCGACUUGGUGUCUACUCUCAUCCUCUCCCUAGGGUACAUUUUAUUUGAUCCUCUUGCUAAUUAUAACACCCGAAAUUUGAAGUCAGUCCUCGGAAUGAUUUCUACCUUGGUGAUCCAAUCUGUGAUAGCUGCAAAGGUAUCACCGGUAUUCAUGAACUGGGUGAACAGCGAAAACCCUGAAGGGAAACCCAUAAAAGGCUCACAUCUAGUCCUCUCAACAGCAUAUGUUGUGGUGCUAUGCAGUUGUUCGCCGACAAUGGCAGGGUUCAACAAGAUGUUAAGCGCGUUUUUGGCGGGGAUAUUUAUGCCAAGGGAAGGGAGGAUAUCAAAGAUGAUGAUUAACAAAGUUCACUACUUCUUGAUUACCAUGUUUUACCCACUUUUUUUCUUUUGGGUGGGUUCUGUAACUGCCUUGGAGGAAUUCGAAGGCGGCCAAAUAGGGACAUGGGCAAGGUUUUUUUUCCUUUUUGUGACUGCAACAGCCGGGAAAGUUGCCGGCACUGUCGCGUCCGGGGUGAUGUUAGGGUUUCAUUGGCCGGAAUCAGUUGCCAUUGGUUUGCUUCUGAACGUAAAGGGGCAUAUUCAUGUGUACCUGGCUAUCAUUGCGAAUGUAUAUAAUAUCACAACAACUUCUACCAGCACAACAAUGGUAUUUGCAUCCAUCCUGACCAUUAUUUACACACCGCUGGUGGUGGCAAACAUCAUCGAACGUGCACGAAAACGCUCACCAACCCAACGGAUGGCGCUACAAUGGCUCAAUCCAUCAAGCGAGCUUCGGAUUAUGCUGUGCCUUCAUGGUCCUCAAAAUGUGCCUUGUGCCAUCAACUUCAUGGAGAUUUCUAGAGGGCCAGUGGAACCCGGCAUCAUGGUUUACCUUACUGACAUGAUCGAACUAACUGACAAAGUAGCAGCCACACUGUCACACGGUGAUGCAACCGAGUCGGUGUCUGUCACCGACAAGACGGUGAUUGCCAGGAGAGAGCAGAUAACAAAUGCAGUGAAAACUCAUUUAGAGGAGGAUGGGAAAGGCAUCAGUAUCCAGCGAAUGCUUUCCCUCGCAACAAUCAAUAACAUGUAUCAGGAUAUCUGCAUUCGAGCCGAAGACUUGUUAGCUUCCCUAAUCAUAUUGCCAUUCCACAAAGAUCAGCAGACAGAUGGGCGGUUCAAUGCAGGCCAUUCUGGAUUCAGACAUGUCAACCGUAAGGUGCUUCGACAUGCCCCGUGCUCAGUGGGAAUUCUAGUGGACCGAGGUCUUGGAUUGAUCAACACCAAGGCAGAACCAUCUGUACCCCUUAAUGCAGCAGUCAUUUUCAUCGGUGGCAAAGAUGACCGGGAGGCGCUAGCCUAUGCCAGUCGCAUGGCCAGACAUCCAGGUGUGAAGCUCACAGUCAUAAGAUUCCUUCUGGAUUCGAAUUCAAAUAGUGGUACAACAAGAGCUGGUAGAGCAAGGCUAAAAACUGAGGAGCAAGAAGAAGAGAUGAAGCUAGACGACGAGUUCUUUGCCGAGUUCUACGACAAACAUGUAGCCGAAGGGUUUGUAGCUUACAUGGAAAAGUAUGUUGCUAAUUCCGGUCAAACGUUUUCCAUCCUGCAGUCAUUUGAAGGGCAAUAUGAGCUCUUCAUUGUGGGGCGAGGAGGGAGGGCAAAUUCGGUGUUGACAAUUGGGAUGAAUGACUGGGAGGAGUGUCCAGAACUUGGCCCUGUAGGUGACAUUCUUUCAACUUCAGAAUAUUCUGGGACGGCCUCUGUCUUGAUCAUCCAGCAACAUAGUCUUAAAGGAGAAUUAGAUGGCCUCGACGACGAAUUUACAAUCAUGUAAUUAAAUGUCCAGUGUAUUUGAUUUCAAGAAACAUAUAUAAUUGAUAGCAAGGAAGCUGUGUAUGUGAGGACAAUGUGAGAAAUGACUGGGAAACUAUUACAUAG